AUGAAAAUACAUCAUAAUUUCGACCUGACGAGAGAAAAUACUUUUCGACUUGGACCCCUCUUUAACGCAAGUGCCCUCCCUACAUUUUGUCUAGAUCUAUCAAUUUUGGAAGAGUGUCUGUCGCCAUUUAAAAAAGUGACAUGCACCGAUAAGAGGAGUCAUUUCUUUCUGGCAAAUGCUCACACCUUUAUAGAUGGAUCUUCAUUUCUGUGCAAAGAAGUCAAAAAGUUUGGUGAAUCAAACAUAACAAAAUGUUUUUCAAAAGAAAAAGUGAAGUUUCUCAUUCAUUCUUGUGAAGAGUUUUGCAUCAACAAGUUGUCCGGUGUACUUGGCAUGUUUAAUUUGUACGAAAUGGGUAACUCUAUUGACAAUUUUAGAGGAAUUAUUGAGAAGCAUAUGACACACCUAACAAGCUACGAAAAGUGCAAAAGGUUUGUGAUUGAGCGCGAGUGUGGAGCUGAUGUAGCCAAGUGGUAUUCCGAGUACAUUCUGAAAAUCAUUGACGCCAUAUGGCUACACUUUGACGCAAACCAAUAUAUAAAGUUAGCAUACAGCUAUCUGGUGUUUUCAGUAGCUUGUGGCUGCAUCAUAUGCAUUCACAUCUUCUUCAAAUAUUAUCGCACCAAUAUUGAAGGCAAACUUAACUUCGCUGUGGGAUCUUCAGAUCAAAAUAAAUCUUUAUUCAAGACUCUGUACGAAGAUACCCAAAGAUUAUUAAACUCAACUGUUAAAUCAGAUACAUUGAGCGGUCCUGUAAUCAUCAGAGAUAUCUAUGAUUACGAUUAA